CUUUGCCGCAGCGUCAGCGCCGCCGCCGCCUCCUUUCCUCCUCCGCCUCCGCGCCCCCCUCCUCCGCCGCCGCCUCCCCGACGCGACGCCCGCAGGCCGCGCCGAGCCCCGGGCCGCGCGGUGCCAUGCUGCCCCGGCGGCGGCGCUGAAGGAUGGCGACACCCGUCCCUCCGCCCUCCCCGCGACACCUGCGGCUGCUGCGGCUGCUGCUCUCCGGCCUCGUCCUCGGCGCGGCCCUGCGCGGUGCCUCCGCCGGCCGCCCGGAUGCAGCUGCCUGUCCUGGGAGCCUAGAUUGCGCCCUGAAGAGGCGGGCGCGGUGCCCCCCAGGCGCGCAUGUCUGUGGGCCCUGCCUUCAGCCCUUCCAGGAAGACCAGCAAGGGCUCUGUGUGCCCAGGACGCACCGGCCUAUGGGGGAGAGCCUGCCCAGGCCCCGACUGGAAGAUGAGAUUGACCUGCUGGCCCAGGAGCUGGCCCGGCAGGAACCACCACGGCACUCCCCACUCAGUGCCCAGCCCCAGCCUGGAGCCCGACAGCAGCAGCUGGAGCCCGCAGCCACCCUGGGGCUCUCAGAGCGCCGCCAGGGCCCCAAGCUGGGGCCCCCCUCCACUCGGGGAGCCCCUGCGCCCACGCCCCACACCUCCUUGGGCUCCCCCGUGUCGUCUCUGCCAGUGCACGUGGCCCCCUUGGAGCCCCGGGGCGAGCGCGGUGACGGACUCGCCCUCGUGCUCGUCGUGGCGUGCUCGGUAGCCGGCGCAGCCGCCCUCGCCGUGGCGGCUCUCUGCUGGUGCAGGCUGCAGCGAGACGCCCGCCUGACCCAGAAGGCCGACUACGCGGCCCCGCAGGCGCCCGGCUCCCCCGCAACGCCCGGGAUCUCGCCCGGCGACCAGAGGCUAGCUCACAGCGCCGAGAUGUACCACUACCAGCACCAGAGACAGCAGAUGCGGUGCCUGGAGCGGCAUAAAGAGCCGCCCAAGGAGCUGGAGUCCUUGUCCUCAGACGAGGAGAACGAAGACGGUGAUUUCACGGUGUACGAGUGCCCGGGCCUGGCCCCGGUCAGACACACUUCCCCGUCAGCCUGGGUCGCUGGCUGGGCUGGUCCUGGAUUCCCAGUCCCCCAGCGACACCCCCACACCAGGCGUGCCGCCCACCAGAGCACGUGGCGUGCAGAACGGAAAGAGCCGAGCCAAACUCAGGUUCAGGGCACAGACCUCCUGCAGCCGUUCACUUCCGGAUAAGGACGUGAACGUGCCCCCUGGCCUGGGCAGGAAGGG